AUGACCAUUGUCAAAUCGGGGGCGGGGACACCUAUCGCUUCGCGAACAUCCUGCACUCCUUCGCAGCACCUCUCGUCUCGCCGCAUUCUCGCGCUCUCUCCUUUCCCCGCGUCCUCCGCCCUCGACCGCAAAUGCCGCGGAGAAAAUCCACACCGAAGCCUCUCGAUUAACGCGCAGGCCAAGUCGCGCCCGCGUAAGCAGUCCUCCGCAAAACCCUCCACAAAACCCUCGCCUUCCUCCUCCGAAACUCGUUCCACCCCGGCUGCGAAAGCCGCUCCGCCGCCUAUCCCGCGCGUGACCCCGCCAGAAUCCCUCGAGGAUGCUCUCCGCCAAGCCGGCGAGUGCGUGGCCGCCGCAAUUCGCGCCGCAUCUCGCGCAGCAGAGCCCAUGACACUUAAGCAGCGCAAGCAGAUUUCCGGCAAGGGGGUCAGCGGAGGGGGUGGGGGAGGGGGAGCCGCCGGCGCCGGCGCGCGCUUUCAAGUGGAAAUUCCGCUGCGAGACGACUCCCCCAAGGUGCUGGCAGAAACGGCGCAGGACUUGGUGCGGAUAGCUGUUGGUCUGGUGCAAUGGCGGGGGGGUGUGGGGAGAGGGGCGAGUGUAGGCGGAAAUGCCGCUGCGAAAUGCGCUGUGUCCCUGCUGUUCGGCCCUGGAGCAGCCGCCGCAGCGGCAGGCGCUAAUAAAGACCAAGCAGGAGCAGCAGCAGCAGCAGCAGCAGCAGCAGCAGGAGGAGGAGGAGGAGGAGGAGGAGUAGGAGCAGAAUCAGGGUCAUCUCGCGCAGCCGCAGCAGAGAUCGACUGGGACAUAGCCAGCUUGGAUGAUCGGCCGUCAGUGCCUCGCGACGCGGCGCUCGUGUGCAUAGUAGGCCCCACAGAGGCGCAAGCGGGGAAGGUCAGGUCCGUGCUCAACAGCGCAGGAAACACGCCCGUUCUCCUCCUCAACCCCGCCUGGGCUUCCGCGCCUGCCGCCUCUGCGGACUCCGAGAUUCCAUCCUCGUUAGUCGCGGAUUUCGUGAAGGAAUUUGAUGUGGUGUACUGCUUCAUGCCGCUGGCCGUGCAGGGGCUGUUCGGGGGAAACGAGGGCGCGCUGAUGCGCGUGGUGGGGGGAGCUGAUGCGGGCGCAGGGGCAAGUGCGGGCGCGGGGUCGGGCGGUCCGGUGCCGUGGGUGCUACUGACGCAGAAGAAGGGCGAGAGUGCAAUGCGGCCGCUUACUGCACUGCCCACUCGCCCUGAUGCGGAGAGGAUUGAGACAGUGCUGUAUGCUGCUGUUGCGAAGGACUCCCCCAUUUCCAAGGGGGUCCAGUUUUUCAAAGCUAUGUUAGGCCAAGGAGGGGGGAAGGCUGUGUAA